GGGAUGGCGGCGACAAGCGCUGCUUGGGCCGCCUCGCAGCGAUUCAGCUCCGGCGGCUGAGGGCACCCGGCGCUGCCACCGCCUCGACCCAGCCGCUGCGAGAGCUCGCACACUGUGGAGGUGCCGGCUGCCUUCUUCCUCCUCCUCGCCCCGGGUCAGGCCGCCCUACCCGGCUGAGAGAACGACUUGGGCGGCGAGCGGCUCCGCCGGGUAGGGCAGCCCAGCGCGAGCGGCCGCUCCCUCCGGGCGAUCGUAUUUCCAGAAAGUGCCUCAAAGAAGCUUCUUUAUGUAGGAAAACUGUGCAAGAAACGUAGUGUGCUUUCUGGCAACUCAUGAAGUAGAGCUGUCAAAAUGGCAGAAAAUAAGGACAAUAAUAUUAAAAACGCAGAUGUGAGACCCAAAAGCAGCAGGAGCAGAAGCGCGGACAGAAAGGAUGGUUAUGUCUGGAGUGGAAAGAAGCUCUCCUGGUCAAAAAAGAGCGAGCAUUGUUCUGAUGCUGAAACAGCAAGUGCUGAGGGAAGAUCAGGGACUAAUUUAAGGAGCCAAGAAAGGAAGUAUAGCUGCUCGUCUAUAGAGUUGGAUCUAGACCGCUCGUGUGGUCACAAGUUUUUAGGCCGAUCUCUCAAACAGAAGCUGCAAGAUGCUGUGGGUCAGUGCUUUCCCAUAAAGAAUUGUAGCAGUCGGCACACCUCAGGACUGCCAUCAAAAAGAAAAAUUCAUAUCAGUGAGUUAAUGCUAGAUAAGUGUCCUUUCCCUCCGCGCUCGGAGCUAGCUUUUCGGUGGCACUUGAUCAAAAGGCAUACAGCCCCUAUAAGUCCAAAAGCAGAAGACUGGUUAAUUGCUGAUUUAUCCCAGCAUGAGGAACGGGAUGAUCAGCUGCGAGAUGAUGAGAUUGCCAACGGGGGAGUGGACUCUCCCUCCCAGUCCGGUGACUUUACGGACAGCAGUUCCUCUAGGGGUGAUUCAAGGUAUGAGUUGGUUACAGGUAAGGUGGUAAGGAGCAGUAAAGAUGAGAGCGAUAUGGACUCCGAUGAUGAAGUUGUAACACUGUGCACAAGCUCUAGGAAAAGAAACAAGCCCAAAUGGGAAACGGAUGAUGAGCUGCUACGGAUGGAAACACCUCCAAAAUACCAUACACAGAUUGAUUAUGUCCACUGCCUAGUCCCAGACCUCCUCCAGAUCAAUAAUAAUCCCUGCUACUGGGGAGUCAUGGAUAAAUAUGCAGCUGAGGCACUGCUAGAAGGAAAGCCGGAGGGAACAUUUUUGUUACGAGAUUCUGCCCAAGAAGACUAUUUGUUUUCUGUGAGCUUCAGGCGCUACAGUCGUUCCCUUCAUGCACGAAUAGAGCAGUGGAAUCACAACUUCAGCUUUGAUGCCCAUGAUCCUUGUGUUUUCCAUUCUCCUGAUAUCACGGGACUCCUAGAGCACUAUAAAGAUCCAAGUUCCUGUAUGUUCUUUGAACCACUUUUAUCCACUCCACUGAACAGGACUUUUCCUUUUUCUCUUCAACAUAUAUGUAGAACAGUUAUUUGCAACUGUACAACUUAUGAUGGUAUUGAUGCACUUCCCAUUCCUCCAUCGGUGAAGCUGUAUCUGAAGGAAUAUCAUUAUAAGUCAAAAGUUAGAGUACUCAGGAUUGAUGUACCAGAGCAGCAAAGCUAGGAAAUAUUUUUGUGAAAGAAUGAGAUUGUCUCUAAGCAGACAAAUAGUAUGUUCAGUCUUUCUUCCUUCUAUGGUGUGUUUUUUUAAUAGCAAUUUGGUUUAUUUCUUUUUCCUUCCUUCAGAUUAUUUACCACCCGAAGGAGCCUCUGUCUAAGGCUCUUUUAUCCAAAUGUACUUUGAUUCUUCACAGCUCUCUUUUUUAGAAAUGGUAUUCCUUGUGGGCUUUUGGUACUGUUCCCAGACUAGAGUUUUAUGGAAUUUCAGGUAGGCUUUCUGGUAUUUCUAUAGGUAGGUAGUCUUUAGAUCUUAAAAAAAAACCUAAAAAUCAGUUUUGAACUUGAUCUUUUUUAUUGUAAUUUACAUGUGUUGCUGACAUGUUUGAGAUAAUGCACUGUUAACUAAAGAUUGACUCAUUUGUAUUUUCUGCAUUUCUUUUGAGUGCUCUACCCUCUGUGUGCGUGUCUGUCUGUCCAUCCAUAUCUAAUACAGCAAAUUCAUCAGUCUAUUUCUAACAUGACUAUUCCAAGCAAAAUGAAGUUUGAAAGAGGAUAUGAUCUUUCUAUAAAUAUGUCAGGAGACUAAACACCAGGGAGAGGGAAAAAGAAUUCAAGUUAAGGACAACACUCAGUACAGGAACAAACUUGUAUAAACUGGUUGUGAAAAGAUUUUGCUUGGAAAAGAAAAAGCUUGUCCCCAUCAGAGCAAUGCAGUUCUGGAACAGCUUUUCAUUUUGUAUAAUAGCAGUAAAAAGCAAACUACUCGUAAAUUGGGAUUUGAUCAGUGUCUGGAAGGGAUAAUGGUACACUUACUAAUGAUACAUGGGGCUUGGACUUGGUAACUGUUUCUGUGUUACUCUUUCAUUAGAAAUACCCAGUUUUCACUAAAAGAGCUGCUGCUUCUUAUAUGCUAAAGCACAGAGGGAGAGAAUGAAGAUAUUUCCUUAAAAAUCUGCAUAUUAAACUAUCUGAUCUUGCAUGGUUGAUCCUAAGGUGAAGAUCAAUAACUUUUCUACUUUGUCAGUAGGAGAGUUGGUAUUUUAAUAAGUAUAGUUAAAAAAAGUCUGGAGCUUUUUCUUGCAACGUGAAGCAUUUGGUCGAAUGGCCUCCUGCCAAAUUCCAUGUACGGGAAAACCAUGCAUGGAUAAUGCUUCUAAAAGCAUUACUUACAUUACAUGGAUAGGAAGAUCUGCUGCUGAAUUACUGGUGAAAUCCCACCGAGACUCAGUGGAUCUGUGUUCAGGCAAGAAACUAUUGCUUUCCAGGCUGGCCUCGAGGCAGAGGCACAGCUCCAGGAGGUGCAGGAGCAGCCUGUAAUUCUGUUGUAUCCAUCUGUAUGUGCUUCAUUUCUAUCUGAAUCUUUUAAUUUCACCUUGUACAGAAUCCGACAGGUUUGUAGACAUCAAAUCUGUCCUUCAGGCUGGGUACUCUGGAGUUAGCAAAGAAGAUUUGGCACGCAACUCCACCUGCCACCUGUCUUGUCCCCUCCCUGAGCAAAGAAAACCUUUUCCACUGAACUGCUGUCACUGUGAUGAUGUAAACACAUUUCUAGGGACAUCUGCUUAGAGACCAGCCUGUUUGUUUUCACCGUGUUUUAAAUAGGUUUUGAACCAAAGUCUCCAGGGAGAAAAUGCUAACACAUCAAUCUAUGGCAUCACACGUGGAUGGAUAUGCUACAGGACAAACUCUCAGCUGCUAUAAAUCAGCGUGGCUUUAUUGAUACACUUAUACCAGCUGAGAUUCUCCCUCCUCCAUAUGCAAACGUAAUAGCAUGACUGAUGUCAGAAAAAUUACCCUUUUUUUCUGUCAUCUUUUCCUUGCGCUGCUUCCAUUCAACUGACAUUGCCUUUUGCAUAAGCUGUGUUUUAUCAAGGCCAGCUUCAUACUAGUAAAUCCCUUUUUCCCCCCUAUCACUACCAUUUUCCAAAUACAAAGUGAGUGAGCAGGAGGGUUCAUCUCCGCUCUGUUCUUUUCCACAGCACCCAUCAUGGUGCAGUGGUGGGCUGUGGUUUGCCAUGGCUGCAGUGCAAAGUCAAAGUCUUGACUUCACAGAGUGACAUCAGAGAUAUUUGCAAUCUGCUUCACUAAAAUUCUCUUUCAGAAACUCUUAAUUAGGGCAAAACACUCAUCAUUUUAGAGAGAGAUUAGCAUUAUUAUUUCAAGAACACAAAAAAUAGAUUUUGACCAAAAGUCAUACUUGAAAGUUAGCAAAGGCCACCACCUCUUUCAAAACCAGCAGAUUUUGUCCCUUGAAAAUGAAAGGCCGUUAAGCAACCUUUUUGGGGGGUAUAGUUCCCUGAUGCACUGUGUUUUCAGUGUCAUAGGCAGCCUACAUUGUUUUGACAUUAGUCGAUGCAUCACUUACCCAAAAACUUCUUGAGCACUCCAAAUUUAGGAGACCUAUAUAAUACAGCAGUUGGGGGAAGAAGGUGUGGUGCAUAAAAAUAGUGCCUUUGGACUGUGGGCCAGUUAACUGCGUUUAUUUAGAGGAAAUCAGAUGUAGAAAAUACUGACAAAUGAGCUUUUGUGGAAAUUCACCCCAUUCUUUCCUGUUUUAUUUGUCCAGAUCAUACCUGUGUGACAUUUGUACCUAAUGCCAUUGAGUUGUGUAUACAUGUGCAGUCUGAGAAAGAUCUGUUUCAUGAAGUAUGCAUUUUUUUGUGAAAGAACUCAAAAGAUCUAUUUUGCUUAAAUCCAAGUACCCUUUUAUCUUUUCUCUCUUUUUUCUUUUUCUUUUCCUAAGACUUGUAGAAAUUAAUUGAUUUUACAGUAUGCCAAAAAUUGUGGCCCUAAAUUUUUCCUCCCACAGCUGCCAUUAGCAGUCUUACCAGUGCUGCUCACUCAAAUAAUCUAACACCUUGAUCUGAAGUGUGAUCCAAAGGUAGCCAACUCUUUGAAGUUCAGUGUUAAAGCCCUACAAAACAAUUAGUCUCAGAAACAGGAACUUCCAUUUUCUAAAUCCAAGCUCUUGCAAGAUGGAGAUCCCAAGUUCUUCAGCAUAAAGAUUAAACUUGGAAUGAGGAAAAUAUGGAGGUGUGUGGAAAAACACAUGCUCAAGGCUACACAGCAGGUCAGUCAGUUGAGUGAGGACACAAUCCAGAGGUGACCCUGGCCACAGCCCCUCCAUUUAGGGGUAGCUACCUGUCAUUGGGAAUUGUAUGCGUGUGACGUGGUUUGUGUUGGUCUGUAGGUGAUUCCAUAGGAGGAUAGUAUGAAUACAGCAUAUUGAGUCAGUGUGAGCAGCUUCGGGUAAGAAAAGAGAUCUGAUUUUGAUAAAAUUAUUCCGAUAUGGAGGGGCGGGAAAAGGUCAGGUUCUUGGUGCACACUGGACAAACAACAUACACUAGCUAUUUUUACAGGAUGGUUUAAAAAAAUUAAAUACUCUUUCCAAUAA